CUCUCUCUCUGAUCCUACUUUUUCUCAUCCGAGGAUCGGGCGUCGAACGUCUCGAGAGAAUUGAGAGGUGGCUCGGUGAAAACUGCCAGCUCAUGGUUCCCGCCGCGAAAAUCGCACCCGUCAACACAACAGAAUCGACGACGCGACAGAAGCACGUGCGGUAACUGAUUGGAAGACGUCCGGAUGGUGGUCGAAAACAAAGCUGCUUCAUCCAUCUGCGUCCGACAUUGAACAGAAAUAAGCGAUGUCGCAGGACGACGAGAUAUCGGCUCCGGUCUCGGACGACAACAAAAUCAAAACCUUCAAAGAGCUGAAGCUCUCAGAUUGGUUGCUGGAACGGCUGAAAAUCAUUAGCAUACAAUCCCCUUCACCCGUGCAGCGAAACUGCGUGCCCGAGAUCCUCAAAGGGCGGGACUGCCUCGCGUGUGCGAAAACAGGUUCCGGGAAAACCUUGGCAUUCGCACUGCCGGUUCUCGAGAAGCUUUUCCGAGAGCCAUACGGUAUUUUCGCUCUGAUACUCUCGCCGACUCGAGAGCUGGCCAUUCAGAUAGCGGAGCAGUUUCGGAUAUUGGGUAAAAAGGUCAACCUUAAAGAUUGUCUCGUGGUCGGAGGCACGGAUAUCGUCGACCAAGGUCGCGAGUUAGCACAGAGACCUCAUAUCGUCGUCGCGACCCCGGGACGACUUGCGGAUCACCUCGAUUUCGCGGCUGAAGAUAUGAAACCCCUAUUUUCGAAAAUCCAAAUGCUCAUCUUGGACGAAGCUGACCAACUCCUGAGCGGAAAAUACAACGAUCAGCUGAAGAUGAUAUUCUCUGCUCUCCCCAAGAAACGUCAAACGCUCUUGUUCUCUGCCACACUGACGCGGACAAUACAAGAGCUGCAGAUGUUGGCCAUGACGGAUCCAUUCUUCUACAUGGCGCCGUCUUCUAUCGCCACGGUGGAUAGCCUGGUUCAGAGAGUUGUUCUCACUCCCGAUCAUGCGAGAGAUACCUACUUGAUCCAGGUCGUGAAGCAAUUCCAGGAGAAAAACUCGAAGGGUUUGAUAAUAAUAUUUGUGGCCACCCGCAAGAAGUGCCAGGCGUUGUCUCUCGGAAUGGAUUCGCUGGGCUUUAGAAAUGUCUCCCUGCACGCUCAACGAACUCAACGCGAGCGCGUGGCGGCUCUGGCGACGUUCAAGUCGAGUGCAACGAAGAUUCUUGUCGCGACAGAUGUGGCAGCUCGGGGCUUGGACAUACCCCGGGUGGAGCUCGUUGUCAACCACAAUGUCCCGAACGAUCCGAAACUCUACGUGCACAGAGUCGGCAGGACAGCUCGUGCGGGAGCUGGCGGUUUGUCCGUGACGCUCGCUACUCCCCAGGACAUUCACCUUCUUCACGAGAUUGAGAAGCAUGUCGGCGUCACUAUGACCAAAAUGAAAAUCGACGAUAGAGAAAUCGUCAAAAUAAUGGCCCAAGUGAACGUUGCCGUUCGAGAAGCCGAAAUUCGGAUGGAUGAGACAGACUUCGAGGAGCGCCAGCUGAUAUACAAGAGGAAACGACUUCUACUCAAGAGUCAGGACUUGAUGGGGAAGCGAUCUGACGCCUCCAAAAAAAAAUUCAAAAAGUCUGAGAGGAGGAAAGGCCGACCCAAAGAAGCCCCUUGA